CACAAGCAGCAGAAGCCUUAUCCUUUUCAGCACCACACGCUUCGCCCCAUCGGUCUAAAGCGCAAACCAUGGCAGCUCUUCACUUCACUCCAACUCCGCUCAAACCAUCCUUUACUCUUCUGAAACAAAACCACCCUACCACCACCAAGCUCAACAGUGUGCGGCCACGCCUUGCUUCACGUUCAUCAUUCAUUGUGCGGUCCUAUAAAGUGUUGAUUGAGCAUCAGGGGCAGUCCACCCAUCUUGAAGUGGAACCUGAUGAGACCAUACUCUCGAAGGCAAUCGACUCUGGCUUGGAUGUCCCCCAUGAUUGCAAGCUUGGUGUCUGCAUGACUUGCCCUGCUCGUCUUCUUAGUGGCUCUGUUGAUCAGAGCGAUGGUAUGCUCAGCGAUGAUGUCGUCGACCGCGGCUAUGCCCUCUUGUGUGCUGCCUACCCUCGCUCCGAUUGCCAUAUUAGGAUUAUCCCGGAGGAUGAGCUCCUCUCCCUCCAAUUGGCCACCUCCAAUGACUAAUCUACUUUUCACUUUUCUAGAUGUAAUUCCAUCCUGCUAAUGGGUUUUCUUCAAUGCCAUUGAGUUUUCUUC